AUGGCGUCUGAACACAAGCAAUUCACCAAGGAAGGUUGUGACGUAGAGGGCGGUGGUUAUGAUAACCUUCCUAGCUACGAUGAGAGUAAUGCGAUUUCAGGCUCAGCUCCACCUCAGAACCCUUACCCACCUCCGAACUCUUCUGAGUAUCCUAUGCAACAGCCUUCUCAAUUUCAGCAGGCUUCACAGUACCCUCAGCAGCAGCCAGGCACCUAUGUCCCUCAGCAGCAGCCAGACACGUAUGACCCUCAGCAGCAACCAGGCACCUAUGACCCUCAGCAGCAACCAGGCACCUAUGACCCUCAGCAGCAGCCAGGCACCUAUGUCCCUCAGCAGCAGCCAGACACGUAUGACCCUCAGCAGCAACCAGGCACCUAUGACCCUCAGCAGCAACCAGGCACCUAUGACCCUCAGCAGCAGCCAGGCACCUAUGACCCUCAGCAGCAGCCAGGCACCUAUGUCCCUCAGCAGCAGCCAGGCACCUAUGACCCUCAGCAGCAGCCAGGCACCUAUGACCCUCAGCAGCAACCAGGCACCUAUGACCCUCAGCAGCAGCCAGGCACCUAUGACCCUCAGCAGCAGCCAGGCACCUAUGACCCUCAGCAGCAGCCAGGCCCCUAUGACCCUCAGCAGCAGCCAGGCACCUAUGUCCCUCAGCAGCAGGUGAUUCAGAAAGCCUGA